AUGGAUCCCGAAAAGGAAUGCGACCAUGAAACAGUCGAAGAUGUCAAGUCUCAAUCUUCAGUCCCGGAGCUCGAUCGCUCAGCGGAGAAGCGAUUGCUUUGGAAACUUGAUAUUCACGUUGUCCCUAUUCUCAUGUUUCUUUUCUUGCUCGCUUUUCUUGAUCGGAUCAACAUUGGGAAUGCCCGGCUUCAAGGUUUAGAGAAGGAUCUUGGUAUGAAGGGUCAUGAUUAUAACAUUGCGCUUUUUAUUUUCUUUAUUCCGUAUAUUCUUUUUGAAGUUCCCAGCAACCUUGUUCUGAGAAAAGUGCCGCCGUCGUGGUGGUUGAGUGGGAUUAUGUGCUUGUGGGGCAUUGUGACAAUCUGCCAAGGGGUCACGGAGAGUUUCGGUGGCCUAGUCGCAUGUCGCUUUUUGUUGGGAUUGUUUGAAGCAGGAUUCAUGCCAGGCUGCAUUUAUCUGAUUGCCAUGUAUUACAAGCGUCAUGAAUUGCAAUGGCGAUUGAAUGUCUUUUUCAGUGCUAGUAUUCUGGCUGGUGCAGUUAGUGGACUUCUUGCAUAUGCCAUCGCCCAGAUGGAUGGUGUGGCCGGGUAUAGUGGCUGGCGCUGGAUCUUCAUAAUCGAAGGUCUCGUUACUGUCGUUGCUGCUAUCGUUGCCAAGUUCCUGAUUGUGGAUUGGCCGGAGAAGGCGUCGUUUUUGAAUGAUCAAGAGCGAGCUCUGCUUCUUCAGAGACUAUCGGAAGACCAUGGAGAGGCACAGAUGAACCGCUUCGACCAGCCAGCAAUCAAACGUACAUUCUCGGACAUCAAGCUUUACCUGGGCCCGAUCAUGUACUUCGGCAUCGUGAACACCGGCUACGCCACAUCCUUCUUCACACCAACAAUCCUCAAACAACUAGGCUGGACAUCCGUUCGCGCCCAAGUGAUGAGUAUCCCAAUCUACCUCGUCGCGACAGUAAUCGCCCUAGUAACAGCCUUCGCAAGUGACCGGCUCCGCCAUCGAUUCGCAUUUACGUUAACAGGCUGCAUAAUCGCCACAAUCGGGUAUGUAAUUUUGAUCUGCCAAAGGUCAGUGCCCGUUGGUGCCCGAUAUUUCGCUCUCUACGCCAUCACCGGCGGAGGAUAUAUGACGCAGCCGAUCUUGAUGGGCUGGCUUAGCAACAACAUGGCUGGGCAUUACAAGCAAUCCAUUGCGUCGGCUAUGCAGAUCGGAUUUGGUAAUUGUGGCGGUCUGGUUGCCAGCAAUGUCUUUUUUGAUUCUGAGGCUCCUACCUAUGCUACUGGGUUUGGAGUAAGUUUGGGCAUGGUUUGGAUUUGUGGGUUGGCUUGUGUUGUUUUCUUUACUUAUUUGCAUCGUGAGAAUCGGUUGCGUGAGCAAGGGAAGAGGGAUCAUCGGUAUCAGUGGCCGAGGGAGGAGCUGGAGAAUCUUGGGGAUGAUCAUCCUAGCUUCCGGUUUACUUAUUGA